AUGGGAAUGUUCAAAACGGCAAGAAGAAUAAGAAACAAGUACUUCUGGCCCCAGUUAACAAAAGACGUGCGGAAGUUCGUGCGGAGCUGCGAGAGUUGCCAGCAGUACAAAGUGGAGCAACAAAAAGCAGCAGGGAAAAUGCUGACCAGGGUCGCAGAAGCCCCCUGGGAAACAGUAUGUGUCGACUUUGUAGGACCGUUACCACGGUCAAAACAUGGGAACACGACACUACUCGUCAUGGUGGAUAAGUUCUCAAAAUGGGUGGAGCUGGCAGCCAUCAGACAGGCGACGGCAGACUCAUUCCUACGGGUCUUUCGAGAAAGAAUUGUGACACGGUAUGGAGCUCCGAAAAUACUGAUAUCAGACAAUGGAGUCCAAUUCACCGGACGCAAAACAAAGAAAGAGAUGGAGAGCGAGGACCAGACAAACUGGGAUGAUAAAAUACCAGAACUAAUGCUGGCGUUCAACAGCAGCACGUCGGAGUCCACAAAAUACAGCCCGGCACAGAUAGUGCUGGGAAAGAAACUACGAAUACCCAACACAGUGUUCGACAAAAAAACGGAAGGGUCCGGGUUGAAAGAGGAAAGCAUGGAGGAAAGUCCGGAAAAGGACGGCGCCACCGAAAUUGGCACCUCCUCGGCGACCGACGAGGCACGACGCGGCGACUCCCAAGCAGACGGAUACCGUCCAGGGAGGCCGAAGCGGCGCAGGCGAUCACUCAGGACCCAAGGGACCACCAGCCCGGAGGGGGCGAAUCAUCCCGCAAAGGCACCGACGCAGACGGAGAUCGUCCAACCGGGCCUGAGCGGGGUGACCAACCACCCAACGGGAACCACUGGCGGAGCAGACCCGAGGGAGAUGAGCCAGGAAGGAAGGGCCCAGGCGAUGACGGGAAACGUCCGAAUGGGCCGGACCAGAGUGGCGCACCUCCCGAGGGCUGGAGGGGAACACCCGAGGAGAAGCCGGGAGCCAGGCGAACGGCGGGCGCUGAAUCAGCAAGCACAGACCCGUACACCGACGACAGGCAUGAGCAGGGUGGCAGCGGGCACUCCGCCAACCCGGAGGGCCGAAAAGACGAGAGCCGUGGAAUCAGCGUCGCCGGACAGAGAUAUCCUGGAGCUCCACACAGAGACCACCAACGAGUUGGGGUGGACAGUGCCAACCGGAGCCGGGUUAUCGGAGGAAAUACUGGCGAAGAUAAGGGCGAACCUGGCGAACAAGCCAAAAAGGACCCAACGGCGAUGGAUCCAAAAAGACGGAGAAAGAUAUUGGCGCAUCACAUCCAUCCGGGGAAAUUAUGUGACGGUGAAGCGUCACUUCCCAAAGGAGGGGGGAGUGUGA